CUCAUCAAACACCAACAAAGGACUUUCAUACCGUAAGCUCCCUCAAUGGCCACACCCUAUGGUCAGCUGUUCUUUCGAGAUCACACCCAUCACAGCAAGAUCUUCACGAUCAUUAAUCCCAUUUCACCUUCGAUUACGUCUAUAAGAUUCUCGUGUGGAGGCCUAACGAGAAGAGAGAGCCCAGCGAACGGUAGACUUUUCAUACAAAAUGUAUCAUCCAAGAGUGAGUCCUUGUGCAUUGUUCCGGCUUGGACUAGUGAGUCCUUGUGCAUUGUUCCGGCUUGGACUGCAAUCGAGAAGCCUAGCAACAACUUGGCAAGCUCAUGGGAAGAGAUCCACGGCAAGAGCGAUUGGGUCGGCUUGCUCGAUCCAAUCGACCCCCUCUUGCAGGCCGAGCUGAUUCAUUAUGGGGAGAUGGCUCAAGCGUCCUACGAUGCGUUCGACCCCCAUCCGCUCUCCAAAUAUUGUGGCAGUUGUCGGUUCAAGCCGAGCGAGUUCUUCCGUUCUCUCGAGUUUCCUCGGGUUGGAUACGAAGUGACCCGUUACCUCUAUGCCUCGUGCAAAAUCCAUAACCGUCCCCGUUUCUUGAAGAAAUCGCUGUGGCGAGAAGGGUGGAGUGAAUCGGCUAAUUGGUUUGGGUAUGUUGCUGUGUCGGACGAUGAAAUGUCGAAAGCUCUAGGACGACGGGACAUAGCCAUAGUGUGGCGCGGCACAGUGAGGAAGCCUGAGUGGAUUGCGGAUGCCAUGUACAGCAUGAGCCCGAUCAGGCAAAAGGGAAUCCCCUGUCCUGAUGGAAACACCAAAGUCGAGUCGGGCUUCCUCCAUGUCUACACCGAGAAGGACGAAAAUUCCAGGUUUUGCAAGCAUUCCGCACGGGAGCAUGUUCUCCAAGAAGUAAAACGACUGAUACAGAAGCAUGCCGAAGAGGAUUUGAGCAUUACGGUCGCAGGUCAUAGCCUGGGAAGCGCUCUCGCGAUAUUAAGUGCAUACGACAUGGCAGAGACGGGGACAGACAUUAAGCAGGACGGCAAAAUAGUCCCCAAGUGUGUGUUCUCGUUCGCUGGACCACGAGUCGGCAAUGCCGGAUUCAAGAAGCGGGUGGAGGAGCUAGGAGUGAAGGUACUGAGAGUGUUGAACAUUCACGACAAGGUUCCGACUGUGCCAGGUAUGAUUUUCAAUGAGAAGGUGCCUUCCAUGAUGCGAAAAAUGCAUUGCUACUCGCACAUCAGCACCGAGCUCGCGUUGAAUCACGAGAACUCGCCCUACUUGAAGGACAAAGGCGAUCUGUUGUGUUAUCAUGACAUGGAAGUUCUUCUUCAUCUCCUGGAUGGGUAUAAAGGGAAGGGGCAGAAGUUCGAGCUCGCCAGCAAGAGAGACAUAGCGUUGGUGAACAAAGCGACAGACUUCUUGAAAGACGAGCUCCUCAUCCCACCAAAGUGGAUGCAACUGGAGAACAAAGGGCUUGUGAGAGGCCAGGAUGGCCGCUGGACGCAACCGGAGAGGCAAGACUUGGGAGAUCACUUUGAAUGCGUUAAUCUUGUAGCUGGCUUGGUCUAGAUGUGUGAGCCAAGUCUAUGUCAUGUUGUUAGGGUGAA